AUGGCCUUUUCAGUUACUAAAGCUCUGAGCCGCUUGGCUAUUGUAUGCAGUCUCUUGGGACACGCAAGAGGAGAAUGGACUGCAGCCCAGCUUAUAGGAAGAGGGGGCUUCCUCCAACCACGCGGUUUUCUAUCUUCUUGCGUUGACUGGGGUACCCUCAGGAACGAAAAGAACAAGAUGGCCGCGUACUGCAGGACCACAACAGGCACCUGGCGCUGGUCUGUCCUCGAUCUGAACCAUUGCCUGGUCAAUGAUGACGGUAAUUUGAUGGCACAAGACCAGUGA